UUUGGUUUGGAAACAUCACUCUGCCAGUUUUUUGAUUAUGUGCACGUCGCCUUUAAAGAGAGCGCAUGACGUGAGGGGUGGGUUUUCUUGCUUUGUUUGUCCAGAGCUGUUUGGGCUUGAGACCUAAGACUGACCGACGAGCAGAGCGAGGAAUAAACACACUUCUGUGUUAUUAUUAUCUGUUACUCACGAGGGACAGAAGAGUGUAUUCAUAACGUAAUAACUGUGUAAUUACACACAACGAUGCCGUCUGACAGACCCUUCAAACAAAGGAGGACAUUUGCUGACCGGUGCAAGGAGGUCCAGCAGAUCCGGGAGCAACAUCCCAACAAAAUCCCUGUAAUUAUUGAGAGAUAUAAGGGGGAGAAGCAGCUUCCAGUUCUGGACAAGACAAAGUUUUUGGUGCCAGACCAUGUCAACAUGAGUGAGCUUGUGAAGAUCAUCAGACGCCGUUUGCAGCUGAACCCCACUCAGGCCUUCUUCUUACUGGUGAACCAGCACAGCAUGGUGUCCGUAUCCACUCCAAUCUCUGAGAUUUAUGAGCAAGAGCGAGACGAGGACGGCUUCCUCUACAUGGUCUACGCCUCGCAGGAGACUUUUGGGUGCUAGAGAGGAGUAAUGGUCAUGGCGGGGCCUGGAGGAGACAUCAGGGGCUGGGAGCAUAAAACCACCACACGUUGUGAUCCUGUACACUGUGCUCCAUUGCAGGCUCACAUUAGCGCUCCUCCAUUGAGUUUAAGCCUGUACACACUUAGUAUUGGUCAGUAACUACACCUUAACACUAGAGGAUGCUCCUAUGGGUCAUACACGUCAGUAUGGGGUAUUCUUAUGCUUUUUGUUUCAUCUUGCACUAAAUUCUCCAGUUCACUAAAUUUACAAGCUAGGCAUAAAACACAACAUCAAAGCUUAGCUACUGAGCACAUUAUGAAGUACAUACAAAUCCAUCACAACAGUACUUUCAGUAGUUUCAGUUACUUUUUAUUACCAUGUUUAUAAUACCAGGCAAGAUUGGUUGUUUUAUUAUGUAUGCUUAAAAUGUUUUUUAGUCUUUUUUUUUUUUUUUUUUGUUUGUUAUUACUGUAGAUUUAGUUAAAAUUGUUCUCAUUGUCAGUAUAAUUUAACAUUUUGUCAGCCUGUUAGUUUACGAUUUUCUUCACUGACAUCUAUGUUUAGUAAGAACUACUAUAAUCCUGAUUUAUUUUGUUCAUUUCUGUGUGCAAUAUUUAUCCUCAGACACUAACAGGUCCAACCACACUAUGGUGUUGUCUUAAUCAAUGACCUGUUCAAAGUCACCCCUUUUAAUUGUAGUAAAUUAAAAACUGCUCUAUCACAAUAAAGGGAUAUUAGGAUUAGCACCUUUAGCCAAAUGCUGCUACACUUGAUCAUGCAGUUCAUGUUUAUUUAGCCUUUUGAGCACAAAUCACCUUAUUGACACUUGUUGGCAUACAUGCACAUACCACCACUGCUUUAAUGCUCAACCAUAAGAAAAUAUAGUUCUAUUGAAAGGCAGAUGAGGAUUACACAUUUGACGUUUGGAAAUUACAUAUUUUUCAUUGUUGUUGGUUUUUGCUGUUGUCAACAGUUACAUGAUUACACUUUAUAGAGGAGGCAUCACUCUCCAAAUUGUUGGAGCUUUUCAUCUGAGUGGAGGUGCUUUCAAAUAUCUGCUCUUUGCACUGUGAGCCCCACUUCUCUCCCAUCUGUGUUUGAGAGCUUGUAUGAUGGCUAUGUGUGUGUCCUGAUAGAAUAGCAUUAGACAUGUAUUACUGUAGAAAAUGAAUGAGCUUCUUUUGCACAUUAAUUAAAAAAAAGGGCAUGGGGGUUGACUUUUUUUCCAAAUUUACCGUAUCCUUAGUAAAAUUGUUUUUUUAUUCUGCAACAUUUUUCUCUGCUCCUCUUCUGUACAUCCAUCAACUUUGUUUGAAAGAUUUUAUAUAAAAAAAAUAAUAGGUUGUGAUGCACUACAAAUUUAGCAUGUUGAUUUUUUUUUUUUUUUAUGUGUGCUACAGAUUUAACCUUCUUGUUUUAGUCUGAGUUUUUAUAGAGGUUUCCCAUACCAAAAAUUUAAAAUAAGUGUUUGAAAUUGUAAGUGUAUAAAAGGAUCCUAUAAUCAAACUGUAUUACAAACUGUCUUAGGCUUCUUAUACUGUCACACUUUGAAAGUGUUCUGUAUAUACAGUAGAUGCAUUGCUACCUUAUUCAAAGCAUUUGCCAAUAAAAAAGUUGCCUUUAAAA